UGACCCCAAUUUCUCUUUAGGUUUUUUGCAAUUUCAAAUUCUCUCUCUCCAUUGCCACCGGUCUCUGCCAUUUGAUAAAAUAUCCUAGAAAAAAUCUAUUUUUUCAAAUUCGAUAAGAUAACCCGACCUGGUGACCCGAAAUGGCGGCGUUUAGAGCGGAUGACGACUACGAUUAUCUGUUCAAGGUGGUCUUGAUCGGAGAUUCCGGUGUUGGGAAAUCGAAUUUGUUGUCAAGAUUUACGAAGAAUGAGUUUAGCCUUGAAUCUAAAUCCACAAUCGGAGUAGAAUUCGCUACCCGAAGUAUUCGGGUCGAUGAUAAGAUCGUUAAGGCCCAGAUUUGGGACACUGCUGGACAAGAAAGAUACCGGGCUAUUACAAGUGCAUACUACCGAGGAGCUGUUGGUGCACUGCUUGUCUAUGAUGUCACUCGACAUGUCACAUUUGAGAAUGUUGAGAGAUGGUUGAAGGAACUACGAGAUCACACAGAUUCCAAUAUCGUGAUUAUGCUUGUUGGUAACAAGGCAGACCUGCGACACUUGCGUGCUGUUUCUACUGAGGAUGCUAAGGCCUUUGCUGAGAGAGAAAAUACCUUCUUUAUGGAGACAUCUGCUCUUGAGUCUAUGAAUGUUGAGAAUGCUUUCACUGAAGUGCUAACUCAAAUAUAUCAUGUGGUCAGUCGAAAAGCACUUGAAGUAGGGGAUGAUCCUGCAGCAUUGCCUAAGGGACAAACCAUCAAUGUUGGAAACAAGGAUGAUGUUUCAGCCAUCAAGAAAGUUGGCUGCUGUUCUGCCUAAAUGUUAGAUGAUUUUGGGUAUCCAAGCUUCCUCAACUUUUCAUCUCUUUAAGCACAAGACCUUCCCCAUUGUGUUAUUGUCCUUUAGCUUCCUAGAGAUAUGAGGUUGAAGUCAAAGAAAACACCACGACUCCCAAAUUUCCUUACUUCAUUUGAUUUCAGUUUCUUUUUCACGGUUCUUUUAGGAUAUUUUCUUUCUCGUGUAAUGUUCCAUUUUAUAGUUUUGAUAGUUUUUGUUGUAUUUGAUUGCUUUAGAAUACAUAGUCUGUUCAGACAGGUCUAGUUUUGUAUUUUUAAAUGAUUUUCAUUGGUUGUGGAUGAUCAAAUUUGAAUUAGCUAUGAUAAUAAUAUAUAUUAAUUCCAUCAUUGGUGUCUUUUUGGUUUA